AUGGAUGCUGUCACGCUCAACACCUCGCAGAACCUCAAACUUGACUUCUAUGCUAGACUUAUCAAGACCAAACUCGACCGCGGCAAUGUAUAUAAUUACAUUGGCAGCCUCACCACUCCACUUUGCGAUGAAAUCGUCGACUGGUGGGUGGUUUCAGAGCCCAUCCUGAUUUCCUUAAAGGACCUGGAGCGUCUACAGAAAAGCAUCGGGAAGCUGCCCGUCGCCAACAAUGGCAAGAACGCUCGCCCCCUACAACCUAUCUCUGGCCGCGAAGUCGUCGAGUUCGAUUAA